UACUGACCUUUUCCAGCCAGCCCGUUUGCUGCCGCCUGCCCUCACUAAAUAUGUCUGCCGGGGAUUCCCGAGCCUGUGCUGAGUGUGUGACGUAUUUCUGCGGCGCCGGCUCGGUUGCGGGUUCCUGUGAUGUAGAGCGAUCAUGGCGGAUUAUAAGAUCCGAGCGUACCGGGACUCGGACUACGAGGCGGUGCGGGAUCUGUUCUCCGGCGGGAUGAGCGAAUACGUCCCCGGCGUCUGCCUCCACGUCCUCAAGCAGCCGUGGGUGGUCUUCGUCCUGACCUGCAUGUUCCUGUCUCUGAUGUGCAGCUCCAAGUCGCUCAUCUUGCCCAUUAUGGCCGUCACGCUGGCCCUGGCCCUGGGCCGCCAGGCUCUGGGCCAUGUCUGGAACGUGUACAUCGAGCGCUGCUUGAAGGAGGAUCUCCGGGACAUCCGGAAGACGUACAUGGAGAGCGAGGGCUCGCGCUUCUGGGUGGUGGAAGCGGAGGACAGCGUCGUCGGGAUUGUGGCGGCCAAGCCGUCCGAGGAGAAGGACGGCGAGCUGGUCCUGAAGCGAAUGUCCGUGAGGAAGGACUUCAGAGGGCUGGGGAUCGCCAAGGCCCUGUGCCGAGAGGUCAUCGGGUUCGCCCGGCAAAACGGCUACCGCUCUGUGGUCCUCAACACCCUGGUGGUGCAGAGCGAGGCGCAGAGGAUGUACGAGAGCGCCGGCUUCACCAAGUACGUGGAGGUCGUGCUGCCCACCGUCUACGGCAAGCUGGUCAACUUCACCAUCUCAAAGUAUCGCUACGACGUCCUGCCGGCCAGCUGAGGCCUUCCGCCCGGCCCGAAAGGAACUGUCUCCCGGCGGCCCCAACGGACCAAUCCCGUCGACCGAUCAUUGCACUCUUUUCUAUUUUCCUUUUUUUCUUUGUUAAAAAGUAGUAUUUAAAUUGUCAUUAAAUACUCGGAUUCCCACAAA